ACUUGAACACGUGAUAAAACUGGGAGGGACAAUUUUGUAAAUUUGGCAAAAAGAAACCUGGGCCGACAUUGAUUCUUCGACCAUAUUUAACCCUAGCCGCGCUCCAUCAUUGCCGUUCUCCCGUUACAUCUCUCUUCACCCAUUCCCCUACGACCCUCUAAUGGCGUCAUUAAGCCUCCACCGAAUUUCCCUAAACACCCUUCCCUUUCCAAGGAAAGUGCAACACCAUCCCUCGUCUUCCCCACCAUACCAGUUGCACUUCACCUUCCAGCCCAGAACUCCCAUCUCCUGCACCAGCAAGAAGCUCACGGAUGCAGCCCUGUCAUCGGAGCUUGCCGCUGAGCUCGCGAAACUCAACAUCCAGAAGGCCCAGAAGCAGGAGGCCAUGAAGAAGAGCAGGGAAGUCCUGUUCUCUGAGAUCUGCAAGUCUGUCUCUUUCAAGGAGGAGGAGAUGAGGAAGAAGUGGAGGAGGAUGGAGGAGGAAGAGAGGUGGGGAUUGGUCAAGGAGUUUGUGGGUCAUUGGGGCGCGAGGUUUCAACCCCUGUCUGCGAGGUCUGUGAAGGAGAUGAUCGAAGAGUACCUGAAUGAAGUGGAGGACAAGGAAGGUUCAAGGUCCAAUGGCGGUUCAUCAUUCUUUCCUGGGCUGAAGAGAUUGAUGGGCUUCCCCGAGGAUAUGUGAAGUUUGUCAAUCUGCUGUAAAUUGAUUUCUUUGUCAGAUGAAAUUGCAGUUAAAAUGACAAUUUCUUUUUGUCCA